AUGGAACGCAGGCAGCAGGAGGUUGCGGCGAGGGUGGUGAAGCUGUGGGCGGUGGAGGCCACGCCUGAGUCCUUCGCGCUUGAGCACUCUCCCACACAUCUGACUAAUAAUCACACAAAACACAUAAACAAGAUUAACUCUAACAUCGGCCAGGUCGUCGCCGCCUCCCCCGACGGCGACCAGUUCGGCCCGCACGACGCCCAGCUCGAUCUCAGCAGUGGCAUCCCAAGGUUCUACAUCAUGAGAUUGGAGGACCAGCCGCUCAAGUUCUCGUCCAUCACUCACCACGCCAUCGUGACCCAGUGCCUCGGCUCCAUCGGCGGCCAGGACUGGUACCUUGGGGUGGCCAAGCCGUCGAUCGUGGAUGGGCCGUCCGCGCAUAGUGGUCAGGAUGGGAGGAAGCCCGUGCAAUCUCGCGCAGGUCACUACUACCUGCCUCCCGAUCCGGCCGAGGUCUGCGUCUUCCGGGUUUCUGGCCCCCAGUUUCUCAAGCUGCACACAGGGACCUGGCAUGCCGGGCCGCUAUUUAAGGCGGAUGCCAUGGAUUUCUAUAACCUGGAGCUGAGCAACACCAACGGGAGUGUUAAGUUACUGAAUUCGCAGCUCAUGGUUGCGUAUGUGAUACUGGAAAAACAAGGAUUACGUCUUCUUACUACUUUGAUUUCCGUAGUUUUGUAGUGUCGUCGGUAGUCAGCACAUCUCACCAAUCUUAGGCACCGCACCGGUGCUGGUGUAGCACUGUCUAGGUUGCGCCUGACUCAUUCAAGGCUCAAAUGUGUGAUAUGUCAUAACAAUAAGGAAAUAAUUUCUUGAAAAUAUUGAAGUUGUCUCUGUUUUAUAGAUUCCAUCAAGCUCAUCAGGGCACGUAGUAGAAUAUUUCCCAGCAUUUCCUAAUAUUUGCAGUUUUUAUACGUUGUUCACACAAUUGUCUUGUCUGCCUUCCAGCCAUUUAAGAGAGUUUUUUGGCAGCCAUUUUAGAGAGUUCAGCAAGCAGUUUAUAUCUUUAUGGUGAUUUUGCAUUUCUGUGUAGUGUUCUCUUGAUAUCAUACCCGUUUCAGACUUCACAUAUCUACUUUAAAUGAUCUGUGCAUAUCUCAUAUGUAUAUGCAAGUAAGCAUGUUUUUGAUGGACUCUUUAAUAAUUACUUAAAUAAAAGUUAGAUCUGUUCUCUUGCUAGUAAACAGACUUGGUUCUGUUUAUAUUUCACUUCUCUGCAUCUUAAGUAAUUGUAUCAUCAUAUUAGUAAGGCCUUCGGUCUGUCCAUAGAGUCAUAGAAUGGUUAGGAUGAUCAUGUUAUCUAAGUGAAUUAUUACCUGCUGGAGUCUGCCAGUCCUAGAUUUCUAGUGUUCCUAGAGUUGAAAAAACUGAUGGAGUCCAAUAAUUCUGUUGGCAAGAAUUGACGGUCUAUAAUCUGAAUUGAAUUAUUAUUUGCUGAUGUUGGCAGUCAAUUAAAGGUCCUAAAUUGCAACUUCUGGCAGCGUGCAAAAUAACCCGGAUAUUCUUCUGGACUAAACUAUCCUCAAUUACAAGAGGUUGUUGAUCACACUACACACUAUUUCAAGGAACAUGAUGGGAUAGCUUUUGUUGUUGAGGAUUGAGACACAUCUUGCGAUCCACGCGCACAUUGUUGUCUACCAGAAUCGAGUUUCCGAGACAGCUAGCUGAUCCUGUUUUGUAUCUCGAGGUUUUAAUGAACAACCACGGCGCCGAGGAGGCAUCCUCUUCCUCUAUGGCGGCAAGGCUGCGCAUGGCAUUUUCAUCCAUAAUGACAUUUCUAUUUUUCUCCCUUUGUAAUGGCAUAUUUAUAAUUCUAAGCUUUGCAGUGGUAUAUUUUGAAUAUGGUAAAAUCGUGAUGACAUAACCUCUCACGUUCAAAAUCCGCUUAUAGCCUAUCCCCAUGUGAGACGAGUCCGUAUAUGUAUAGCAUCUUGUUUAUAUUUUCGUUCCUGUGUCAUGUAAAAAAGUUAAUCAGGAGGUGUUUUGUCUGGAAAACCAAUAAUUAUAUGAUGUUUCUUAUCUACCUAAAUUAUUGAGGUUGGACUAAACCCACCCUGUCAUAA